AUGCCUACCACUCCACAAGUUUACGAAAUCUUCCACUGCAAUCGAUGGAGAGAAGCAGCAAAAGUCGAGAUCACACAUUACGACGCUGUCAAAGGAACAGCUGAGUCGUACUUGGCACAUCUGCGACCAAAUAUCCCAGUGUUAUGGAAGUUUUUUACACUCACUCUAAGUUCCAUAACAGUGCCACCAAUUCCACCCUUUAAUUCGCCAUUCGUUACGGAUGGAAACCACACGACCAUUUGGCACUCAAACAGAAAACCUGCCCUGCAGUGUCCGAAUCACACGACAGCGAUGAACCUCGACUGCGACAUUGCAGAAGACUGUACAUGCUAUCCGGCCGAGACCCAAGCCAACUGUAAAUGCAGACAAGUUGAUAUCUCCUCAUGGUUUGACAACAUACAACAUCGUCUCCCGGUAGUUUUACCGCCAGUAACAUUCCGACAAACUCGAGAAGGACAAGUUCAAGCCACAAUAUCAAGCAUGACUAGGGGGGCGGUCGUUAGGUACCCACAGCCGCCGCGACAGCCGAUCAUUAGGGAAAAAGAUUGGCAACGGCGAUCGUUAAUUGCGCUGCGCAAUGUCAGCAGAGCACUGCGCUGCGUUUGCCUCAUGCCCCGCACAUCACAUCCUUCAUCAACGACUCUCAUCGUCUAA